UGCAACUUUCGACAGAAAACACAUCCCGCGCCCGGAGCGUCGGGACACCUACGGCCGCAGGCCCCCACCCAGAAGGAGAAGGUCGUCAGGGCGCAGGCGCAGAGGUCGCCAGUCCCACCGCCGUCAACAGGUCUGGUGCGCCUCCUGGCGGCGGCCGCAAGCCACGCCCCCACCCCCGGGCGGAAAUGGCUACUUGGACUCGGGGCGCAUGCACGAGUCCCGGGAGUUCUCGCGAGAGAAAGCGGCCCCAAGGGAGACUUCCGGUGAGGGGGCAUCAGACGCUCAAGUGGGAACGUCCGCCGCUAGGCCGAGGGGCGCGGGGCGCUCGAGGAGGCGCGGGCCGGGUCUGCGGGGGCGCGAGCCAGAGAACGGGCGGUGGGCCGGGCCGGGGGAAGCCAGAGGAGGGCCGGGCCCCGCCGCGCCUGCCGCCAUGGACCCGUUCCUGGUGCUGCUGCACUCGGUGUCAGCCAGCCUGUCGAGCAGCGAGCUGACCGAGCUCAAGUUCCUGUGUCAGAGCCGCGUGGGCAAGAGGAAGCUGGAGCGCGUGCAGAGUGGCCUGGACCUCUUCUCCGUGCUGCUGGAGCAGAACGAGAUGAGCCCCGAGAACACCGUGCUGCUCCGCGAGCUGCUCGUCUCCCUGCGGCGCCAGGACCUACUGCGGCGCCUGGAAGACUUCGAGGCGGGCGCGGCGGGCGGGGCCGCGCCGGAGGAGCGAGAGCUGCGGGCAGCGUUUGACAUCAUCUGUGAUAACGUGGGGAAGGACUGGAGGAAACUGGCUCGUCACCUCAGAGUGUCUGACGCCAAGAUUGAAGCCAUUGAGGAGAAGUAUCCCCGGAACCUGGCAGAGCAGGUGAGGGAGUCGCUGAGAGUCUGGAGGAGCAGCAGGAGGGAGGAAGCGGCCGUGUGCCACCUGGUGAGGGCGCUCAGGGCCUGCCGGCUGAACCUGGUGGCAGACCUCAUCGAGGAGGGUCAGCGGGCCCGGGCCCUCCAGAGCGAGAGUAGGGACCCCGUGUCCCCUUCGUCCUGGGACUCAGACUCGCCCGCCUCAGGGGCCUCCCGAUGACCCGCUGCUCUUCUCCAGGACCAACGGCAUCGACCCACUCUGCACUUCGGUUCCCUCCACCGCAGUUGACCGCGUGCCAGCGCGUGAAGACCCGGCAGGGAGCCGGGUGAGGGCCCACGCGAGCUCUGGGCACUGUGAUCACCCUCAGAGGGAGAUGCUUUCAUCCCCGUUAAACGAGGUCCUACCGGAGGCCAUUGCGGGCCACAUCCGACACGUAGGAGGGACCUAUAAAAGGUAGUGGGUAGGGUUAUAAACCUGGCCGUUGUCCAAGUGAGGAAGCGCAGAGUCGAACCGGAGGCAAGUCAGUAGUAGUGGGGGCUGGGCUGGGGGCCAGCGCUGUCCAGCUCGGGAGCCCGCGCGUGGGACCACUGGCUCCUCCUGCUGUCCCCGCCGUUGCCAGAGGCUUUGAGGCGGGCGGUGUAGACCCGUCUCCCGGGGCAGGUGGCAUGGGGGGUGAGGCGCUGCCUGUGAGGUGCUUAGAAGAUGUGGGCACAGGGCUGGGCAGAGACUAGUUCAGAGAAGUAGAUGAUGCCUGUGAUUCCACAGUGUGUUACUAUUUUGUGUCAAAACCCACUCGCUUUCUGAUAACAGAGUUGGCAAGGGAGCUGGAGCCUCUGAUUGUAAGAAGUAAUCUUUCUUCCUGCUUCUCAGGGAACCCUACUGAAGUGAGGGCCUUUCCAGAGGAAACCUCCACAUGCCAAAGAAUUUUCUCUUCCCAUUGAUGAUGAUUUCAUUUUACAUGCUCUCAGAAUUCCAUAGUAGUCGAUUUCAGUGUCCCUUGAAGGUUAUUACAGGCCCAGCCUGGCAGUAGGGUGGCUGCAUUUCAUAACAGCUCCGGGGACCACUGACAAGGGGAGUGCUUAGGGCGUGGGAUGAACUAGGAGAUUGGGAUUGACAUAUACGCACUACUGUGUAUUGUGUAAAGUGGCAGAGAGCCUAGCGUUCAUGCCUUGCGCCUUCUUGCUGUGACCUUGGGAAAGCUACUUGUGAUGUCAUGCCAUGCCGCCUUGACCUUGGGUUGCUGAGACCCUAGCGACACUCCCCACGAGGCUGUGGACCCAGCCUUCAGCAGGUACUUAGUGCCAGACACUGCUAGGAGCUGGGGUCAUGCAGCAGACAAGGCAGAAGUGGCCCUACUCUUGACUCCGAAAGCCUGGCCAGGAACACGGGUGUUAUAACCAAUUCACAACAAGUUUGGGAGUCGAGCCAGUUCAGCCCCAGAGUGGCGUGGCCUGGCCCGGUUUAUGCGCUGAAUAUUCCCCCGCCUGCCAGGAGCACCUGCCUCUUCAGGACCUCGGGUCGGGGCUAGUUCUGUGGAUAACAGCACACGUCAUCAUCAUCAGUACAUGAGAGUGCCUUGGCUAAUGGGUCGCUUUGGGAAAUAGAUUAUCUAGAAAAUGUGUCCACGUUUCUUGAACAGAGGCAGAUUUCAGAGGUGGUGCCAAUCUUCUUGUGGUUUAUGGCAUAUGCUACUGAAAUGUGAGGGUGCUGGGCACCCUGGACUCCAGCCUGCAUCCCCCAGCACGGUUCUCACACCAGGAAGGAACCUCUACUCUCUGUCGCACCAGGUGUUCUCAUGGAGGCUUUGAGAACACAUGCUUAAAACACUCAGGAUUUUCCAAUGCCUGGAACCCGGCACUGGGCCGACUCCGUGCCACGUGAGGUGAGGCACUGGUCCACGUGAUGAGGGAGUUGGAGCAGCCUCAGUAGACCAGUCAUGUGACCUAAUCUCACCACCCAAGGCACAGAUCUGAGUUCCAGGACAGAAGAGGUGUUGGAUGAGAAAGCGCCUCCUUCCAGCACUGCUGUCCGCCUCCCAGGGCCCGGAGGUGGGCCAGCCGUGGUGGCUCUGGGCUGCUGGGGGAAAGCUGCAGAGCCUGGUGGUGGGUGAACUUGCACAAGAAACUGGCCCCGGAAGGUGGGAGCUCAAGGCCAGGUAGAAUCCUCCGUUGGUUCGGUCCUCAGUGGUCAGGAGGUUUCCACUGUAGCCGCGCUGCCGGGCAUUGAGGUGAGACUGAGCGAAGCAGCCAGCCUGCCCUCAGAAAGCACAGAAUUUCCCCAGUUUAGUGACACAAAAGGAAAAGGCACAAUAAAAGUGUAUAGAGGGACUUCCCUGGCGGUCCAGUGGUUAAGACUUCACCUUCCAAUUCAGGGGGUGCAUUUGGGAGCUAAGACCCCACGUGCCUCGCAGCCAAAAAACCAAAACAAGCAAUAUUGUAACAAAUUCAAUGAAGACUUUAAAAAUGGUCCACAUCCCAAAAAAAGUGUAGAAAAAGCACAAAUGCCUAUACAGGCCCUAAAAGUGGAAAAGUACACAGCAAAUUUUGGAGAACAAUUCUCUGAAUGAUAUUUCUUCUGUAUGCUAUCCAUAUUUUCCCUGUUUCUGUAACGGUUUCAGUUGUCGGCCAAAUACCAGUCCCAGGUGUAAUGUGGACCGUGAGGGGGGGUGUCCUCGAGAGCAGGGCGCCGCAUGGGGCCUUGAGCCUGACCUGAGUGUGAACCGGGGGCUCUGUCCCUUGGGGCUCCACCUCCCUGAAAAGGGGCCAUUAGGUGAAUAUGAAGUGCUUGGCCAAGUCUGUGCACUAUUUUUUUUUUUUUUCGCGGUACGCGGGCCUCCCACUGCUGUGGCCUCUUCCUUUGCGGAGCACAGGCUCCGGACGCGCAGGCUCAGCGGCCAUGGCUCACGGGCCCAGCCGCUCCGCGGCAGGUGGGAUCCUCCCAGACCGGGGCGCGAACCCGCGUCCCCUGCAUCGGCAGGCGGACUCUCCACCGCUGCGCCACCAGGGAAGCCCCCUGUGGCACCAUUUUUACCUUAAGAACAAACACAUGUCACCCAGAGCCCCAGAGGUCUGCCAAAAGCUCUUCUGCUCUGUGUGGCCUCAGAACAUUGAGCCCGGCCUUUGUGCGUUUUGCGGGAUCUUAGCUCCCUGAUCAGGGAUCGAACCUGUGCCCCCUGCAGUGGAAGCGCAGAGUCCUAAGCACUGGACCGCCAGGGAACUCCCUAAGCCCUCCUGGGACAGACGUGGUUGACAUCUAACCAGAACUGUGACCCCGGGGACAGGUCAGCUACACCCCACGUAGGCAUGGAGCUGCUGCAGUUUUUGGACAAGGAUUUCUCACAGCAACUUUCCCAAAAAAUCCAUCCCUUUUUUUUUUUCCAGUCACGUAAAAUUAAUUGUUCCUGAUAAAGCUGCACACAGGUCAUGCGGUUUACUUGGAAGCGAAAGUUAAGAGCCACGUUCUGGUCUCAAUCCUUUUUCCCCUGAGAAGGGAAAGAAGGGUCCGAGUGUACGUGCUUAGCGGGAGAUUUCCCGGCCAACGAAGGAGAAUUUGAACGUUUCCCUGACAAGGGUCGCUCCGUCUCCCGGCCCACAGGUUUCCCGGCUUCACAGCCUCUGCCACCUCGCCAAGGCCAGCCCUGCUCCUGGGCGUACGGGGCUGUGGGUCCCCGUCCAGGGCCCCCACCCCCUCCAGACUCUUCCGUUGGGGGCGGGGGCUGGCAGCCCCCCCUCCCUCCUGCUCUCCCCACUGGCUGGCCUGCCUCCCGUCCGCUCCUCUUCCUCCCUGGUGACCCCACGGCCACCCCCAAAGUGCACUGCAGAGUGGAGGCUGCCGGUCCCACGGUGCGCUCUCCUGGGUUGUGCGGCAUCUAGGGCACCUGUUCUGGCCGCUCCCCUCGGCCUCCUUACCCUGUCCCAGCACCAGCCCCCCCACCCAUGGGAGCACCUUGGCCUCGUCUCUCCCAGGUCCCUGGUGCCUCCCAUCUCUCUCUCUCUCUCUCUCUCUCUCUCUCCCCCCCCCCCCCCCCUC